AUGGAGCGGCGGCCGGGCCCCGCGGCGGCCGCGGGCUGGGCGCUGCCGCUGCUGCUCGCCCUGGGCGCCGGGCUGAGCCAGGGCACCCCGCACCUGCGCGGCUACAGCCGCCCGGGCUCCCGCAGCAAGAACUGGUGCGCCUACAUCGUGACCCGCAACGUGAGCUGCUCGGUGCUGGACGGGACGGAGAGCUACGUCCAAGCCCAGUACAAGUGCGCCUGGAACCGCUUCCCCUGCCAGCCCACCCCCGUAUACCGAAUGAGUUUCAGACCCCGAUAUACAGUUGCAUAUAAGACAGUUACAGAGCUAGAAUGGAGAUGUUGUCCUGGGUACAAAGGUGAAGACUGCAGAGAAGGCCCAGAGCAGCCCAGCAGUGCUCGUCUUCCCACAACACCAGCAAAAGCUGUCGUGAAGAAAGGCUUGGAUGCAGAACCAACAGAAGUGCCAGAACCUCCACCAUAUGAGAAGAAAAUACAGUUUCUUGAGGAGGAGUUGUUCAGACUUACACGGUCAGUGCUUGAUCUUCAGUCCUCCUUGGCAGGUGUGAAUGAAAACGUGAAGCUGACUGUCCAAGAAGAUGCUAGUAAGAUGUUGGUCACUUGGCUGAACAACCUUUAUGACCGCCCAGGGCCUGAUAGUGCAGUUGGUGGUGAAACAGACACUAUUCAUCUGCCUGGACUUCCCAGCAAUAAAGACCAAAAAGAUCCUUUUAUUGAUUUUGAAAUGGAAGAUAUCAAGUCUGAGCUAGCUGAUGUCAAAGAAGCUUUGAAGAUCAGGAACAACCAGCUGGAAGAAUUGAAUGGAAAAGUAAAAGGCUAUGAAGGACAAUUAAAACAAUUGCAGGAGGCAGCACGAGGACCUACAAUAACAAUGCCUAGUGACAACGUAUACAAAGACUAUAUAGACUCGAAAUUUGAGUCACUCAGACAGGAAAUACUGGAGGGAUUUGAAAAGAAAAUGGCAGAUCUGAAGAACUCCUGUGAAUACAAACUUCAGGAUAUCCAGCAGCAAUGUGAUGACAAUGAAAAUAACUGUUUAGGAAUAAUUGAUGUUAUAAAAGGAAAGGAAAAUGACUUGAGGAAAGAAAUAAAUACUCUCCGAACUCAGAUUCCAUCAAACCAGUCUAGCUGUUGCAAAGAGGGUAGCAGUAAUGACUUUGACCAACGGAUAAAAGAUUUAGAUAAAAGGAUUGAUAGAGUUGUGGAAGCACACAGGAUCUUGAAUGUCAGAAUAGAUAACGAAAUCAGUCGAUUAACAACUCCAGAUUUAGAAGACAUGUUUGGUGAAAGAUUGGAGGAACUAGAUGCAAGGAUGAACGUUACAGAACGAAAUGCUGAGGAACAUUGUUUUUACAUUGAAGAAACUCUCCGAGGAACUAUAGCUGCUGAAGUAGAUGAAUUGAGAGAUGUGUUUGACCAAAAGCUACGAGCAGUGGAAGAUAGACUUGGUGGCACUAUUUUAGAGAUUGCUAAUACCACGGACCCAGAUGGGAUAUACAUGAAUCCUGGGCCUAUCCUGCCUAGCGACUCUGGAUUUGUAAAUGAACAAUUUACAGUAGAGAUGAAUCUCCUGAGGAACAAACUACUGUCUCUUGAACACCUCUGUGGGCAGAAAUGCCAGUCUGCACCACAAGGUACAGAGGACCUUCAGAAAGAGAUAGAAAAUUGUAACAACAAAUACAAUCACUUGCUUUUGAAAACACAGGACAAUUCUGUUCUUCUGCAGUCUUUAAAUAGCUCUUUUAACGAGAAACUUAACUUAAUUAAGGGUAACCAACGUGACAUCCAAAAAAUGCAGAGGGACUUGCGUGUAUUCCGGUAUAGUCUAAAUGUCAUGGAUAAAGAUGUGAAAAAUCUUCAAGGUGGCUUAAGUGACUGCAGGGAGCAACUUCUGGGCGUCAAUUCUACCUGUAAAAAAACACAACGGGGUGUCUCUCGAAAGAUUGAUCAAAUGCAGAGGACACUUGCAAAUCAAACUGCUCAUUCCAACGAUAAUUGCUGUAUUGAAGUGAAAGAGAGACUAGAGCAAUUAAAUGACCAAGUCUUGAAUGAUCUUAGCAAGUGUAAGGAGAAGACCCAAGGUAUCCAGGAGGGUGUUUCAGAUGUUAAUAGCAGAGUCUCCCAUGUUGAAAAAGCUUGUGGCAAGCUGGACUCCAUCUCCAGUAGCUUGCAGAGGAUUAAAGAAGGUCUGAAUAAGCAUGUGAGCAGCUUAUGGAACUGCAUCCGUGAGAUGAACGGAACUGUAGCAUCUCAUUCCAGAGAUAUUUCUGGCCUCAAAACUUCUGUCCAACAGUUUUACAGUCAGGUCUCUAAAAUCACCACAGACAUUGAAGACAUGAUGAAAACUCAGUCUGGCACGAGGCAAUCAGAAAGACCCCAGCAGCCAUUGCCGCCGAGACCACCCCUGCAGCCACAACCUGGCAUAUCCCUGCUGCCAUCCCGGCCAAGAACGCAACCACCGCGGCAAAGGAUCCCCCUCCAGCCUCCACAGUCGAGACCUCCCCUACGCCCGUCAUUGCCGGGGUCGGGAGUUGUGCCGUUUCUCCCAGGAACAACGGGGAUCAUCUUGGAGACUGGAGAGGCAGGGCCUCCUGGCACCGUUUUAAUGUCAGGAAGAGGACGGCUGAGAAGUGUAGAUGGUCAGGCUGGUCAAAGCACCAUGCCAUCUGCUGAGGGGUAUGCUGGAGCCCCAGGCUAUCCAAAGUUACCUCCUCCUAUCACAGACUCACAGGGACCUGCUGCUGCUGCUGCUGCUGCACCCUCUCUGGUGUCAUUUUCUGCUGGGCUUACACAGAAGCCUUUCUCCAGUGAUGCUGGCGUGGUUCAUUUUAACAAAGUGCUUGUGAACGAUGGGGACUAUUAUAAUCCCAACACAGGCGUUUUCACGUCACCAUAUGAAGGGCGCUAUCUGAUCACCGCUGUGCUGGCUCCUGAGAGGGACGAGUAUGUUGAAGCAGUACUGUCUGUCUCCAAUGCAAGCGUUGCUCAGCUCCACACAGCAGGGUACAGAAGGGAACUGCUGGAGUAUCACAAACCCUACUCGGGAAAACGGACCUGUGGGGGUCCAGGGACGUUCCACCUUGUUCUUCACCUCAAGGCAGGAGAUGAAGUAAAUGUUGUUGUGACGGGAGGCAAACUGGCCUACACAGACUCUGAUGAAAUGUACUCCACAUUUAGUGGAGUUCUCCUUUAUCCUUCCAUUUCUCAUGUCUAGGUUUAUCUUGAACAGGAGAGAAGGGUAAGAUAUUCAGAAGAAAUUAAGUGUAAUAAAAUCCAAAGCUUUAAUAUAUUCAGUUUAUAUAUUUGAUUUCAGUGAUGGGUUUAUGGUCUGCACUGAGACCUUUUCCUGGUCCCCUGUUUCCAGAAGUAGCAACAAAAGAUGUGUUCUAUACCUAAAUUAACUCCUUCCCCAGGCCAUCGUUCACCCCUGCAACAAAACAACUUUCAGGCAGUAUGUUCUCAGUAGACACUUUUUCAGUGCACUCUUGCUAGUCCCGAGCAAACUGGCUUUUGCAAUCUUUUCCAUAGUGUAUAUCUCUGCCAGUUUCCCUAGUGUAUCAAAGUUUACAUUCUUGCUGAAGUUUACAGUUCCAUGGACAGCUAUUCUCAUGUUUUCAAUAAAGCAGGGACAAAAAAAAAAUGAGCUUAUGUCAGACAUAGUUGAUGACUUCUUAGUCCUUGUGUCAUUUAGUGUGUAUGUUGGGUCAAAUAAAUACAUUCAUGUAAGCAAUUCA